UGUGUAAUUGUAAUAUUAAAUGCCUAACGGCAAUUUUGCAGCAUUAUAGCACCUUUUAAAACCAGACCAGAAGUUGAUUUUUAGCGCAUUCUGACUUUGGCCCUAUUCCAUUGUAAUACAGCGCUCAGGAACUCAGGAAUUAAAAAUGGGUCUUAAAGUAGUUGCAGCACUCUUGAUUGCAUCCUUUUCCUGCGCUUCCGCCCAACAAGCUUGUGGCUCGAACGGUGUGGCGUGCAUAGGACUGCCGCAUGCCUGCAUUAACGGUGCGGAUACAUCGAAAUGUGAUGUCGUGGCCAAAGUGUCGCCCAGUUCCGCAUCACCGAAUUCAGUCAGGAUAGAACUGUCAGGUGUACCGAAUGGACCACAGAAGCUGGGAAGUCCGGCCAUCACCAGCCGAUGGGUUGCUGUGGGCUUUUCUGAAAAUGGAAUGAUGCCAAAGUCAUCCGUGGUGCACUGCUUUGAGCAGAAAGGUCAAGCAGUAUCGAAACUCACAUGGAAUAUUCCUGAUGGAAAUUUGAAUAUCGGAUUUGACGGCGUUGACCAAUCGCCAUUAAGCGUUGUUAAAACAUCUCUGGAUGGAUCCGGAAUCCAGUGUACCGUGGAUUUAAAGAAGCAGUUCACCAACAGUGGGACACCAGUAGACCUUUCGAAAAAAUACUUUCUUAUCGCUGCUACCGGGCCUUUGUUAAGUGAUUCGCUAAGCGUUCACGAUUUCGCUCCGGAAUCCAGUGCUCCUACCAGUUUCUCGUUUUGAACGCAUUACUUACAUAUCCUAACACUCUUUCGACAAUUAGCCUGAUGCCUCAGUUUUUCCUUUUUGCGAAUGUUUUAUCACGGCUGAAAUUUUAACUGAAAUACCUUCUCUGUCAGGUUUUAUCCGGGGUGCAUUACCUUUAUUUUCUGCUGGAAAUAAAGUACCAUACCUCCUG